AGAAAAUCAAAAGGUAUUGUUUUCUCGUGAGAUUCAAAGUGUUGUUGCAUCCUCUCAAAACUUCACUAAUGGCGACCAAAAAAUCUCCAUCUUUUAUAUUACUUUCAUUGAUGGUGUUUGCUCUUAUCCUUCUGCACAUAAUUUCAGGAUCACAGUUAAUCAGAUUAUGUAAGGAAGGAUGUCCAGAUGCAAGAGAAUGUGACAGAUUUUGCAAAUCCUUAGGAUGUUAUGGCUUUGGACAAGAUUAGAUUUGAGUUAUUGACGGACAAGAGCAAGCUCGAUGGUCAGCCUGAGCUAUUCAUUCAUAUCAUUCCCGACAAGACUAACAACACCUUGACCAUUAUCGAUAGUGGGAUUGGGAUGGCUAAGGCUGAUACGUCAGGAACCAAGGAAUUCAUGGAGGCAUUGGCUGCUAGAGCUGAUGUUAGCAUGAUUGUAUGUGUGGGAGUCUCAGGCCGGUUUUCUUCCGGUUUUGCAUCCUUCAAAGUGCCAGAUUACAACUCUAGCAAGCUAGAAGUCCAAUACUUCCAUGAUCACGCAACAGUUACAGCCGCUGCAGCCUUACAACAAAACCCUCUAAUUGAUGUAACAACCACUUUUGGCUCAUCAACUAUCUCAUUUGGUGCUGAAGCUGGGUAUGACACUACAUCUCGAACUUUCACAAAGUACAACGUCGGAAUCAGUGUCACAAAGCCAGAUCGAUGUGCCUCCAUAAUAUUGGGAGAUAAAGGAGAUUCGAUCAAAGCUUCUUAUCUUUAUCACCUAGAUGAGUCAAAGAGAAGUGCGGCAGUUGGAGAGGUUGUCAGGAAAAUCUCAACGAACGAGAACACAGUAACUGUUGGUGGAUUGUAUGCGGUUGAUCACUUGACGAAUGUUAAAGCUAAGCUGAACAGUAACGGUAAGCUUGGAGCUCUUCUGCAACAUGAGGUCCUUCCAAAAUCAAUAGUGACAAUCUCAGGUGAGAUCGAUACCAAGACAUUAGACAAGUACCCAAGGUUUGGUCUCUCUCUUGCCCUUAAACCUUGAAGAGCUACCCAUACCAAUUGUAUUUGGUUUAACAAUGGAGACUACCCUUUUUAUAUCCUACGACAUAUUUUAGAGUUGAGUUAGUUUUUUGAAUAAUCCUCGGAUAAUCUCUUACUGUCGGAUAAUUCUUUUCCGGGUUUGUUUUUCUUUUGGCUCACGCUUAGUGGAAACAGUUAUAUCAAUCUUUUCUGAGAGAAGUCCUUUUUUUUGUUUGGUUAAGAGAAACAAACCACAUGCUUGCUCAAACAAUUUGUGAAAAUCGAAUUGAUGGAUGGUCGGUUUUCUUCCGGUUUGUAUCAGUUGCAACAGCGUUUGCACCGAGCUGAUCUUCUUCACUUCGAUUUUUGUCUCUAUCAACGACAAUGAAACGAUGGUAUAUUUCAUCUCUCUGUUUUUAGGGUUUCUUUAACUGUAAGCUCAUUAGUGAUAAUGAGAUCAAUUACUUCAAUAUAUUAAUUUGAAUCUAUAAAAAAGAUGAAGGGGAAUUUGAAUCAAUUCCAGUUGCGCAUGUUUCAUCCCGUGUACUCCAGGUGUGUUUUCUCAUCUUUGAGUGUUAUGAAAAGAUUUGUGUGAUGUAUUAUUUUGAUGAUUAAAGCUAAGUUGAAUUA